AUGACCAAAUCCCUCUUCCUAACAAUUUUCUUCAUCGUCGUCGCUGCCGCCGUCGCCCAAAACUCGCCACAGGACUUCGUGGACGCCCACAACCGCGCGCGAGCGGAGGUGGGCGUCGCGCCCGUGGCGUGGAACGCCACUGUGGCCGACUACGCCCUUCGUUACGCGGAGGAGCGGUCCGGCGGAUGCGAGCUGGAGCACUCCGGGGGGCCGUACGGAGAGAAUCUGGCGGAGGGGUACGGGGAGUUCUCGGCGGUGGAGGGCGUGGGGUUGUGGGUGGGCGAGAAGUCGAGCUACGACUAUGCCUCCAACUCGUGCGUAGGAGGGGAGUGCCUGCACUACACGCAGGUCGUGUGGCGCGACUCUACGCAGUUGGGAUGCGCGCGGAAGCAGUGCCGUAACGGCUGGCAGUUCGUCAUCUGCAGCUAUUAUCCACCGGGAAAUUACAUCGGCCAACGCCCCUAUUAG